GAAGCACAGGCUCCGGAGGAAACAUGGCUGCCCUCGUAGCUGAUUAUGGUUCGUCGGAGAGUGAAGGCGAGGCGGAGAGGCAGAGCGGGACAGAGCCCGGCAGCAGCAAGCCCAGGUCCCCAGGGAGCGCAGCAUCCAGGCUGAAGGAGCUGCCGGCCGGGGAGUCCGGGAGCAAGGAGGAGCGCGGCGAGGGCAGCGUCCAGGGGAAACCGACGUGGGAGCCCCAGGAGGCCUCGGCCCUCAAGCUCCCGCCGCCGGAGCUGGAGGCAGGCCGGGGCCACGUGGGGGUCUUCGCCAACCCCUUUGCCCGGGAGCGCCACGAGCGCCUGAGCCUGCUGGAGAAGCACGUGAGGCUGACGGCCCCCGUCAGGACCGAGGAGGACGGGGGCCGGAAGAUCUGCCUGGCCUACCGCAAGGAUGGCCGCUGUCGCUACGGCAGCAACUGCAAGUUCGCCCACGACAGCGACCUGCCGACCUACAACCCCGAGUCGGGCGCCCCCAGGCCGCUGGCGGGGUCGCGGCCCCAGGAGAAUGGCGGCGGCGGCGAGGAACCCAAGCCCAGGAGCGGCAAGAAGAGGCCAGGGCUGGGCCCCACCCUCAACCCCCCCAAGCGGAGCUUGAAGAACUACCAGGCCCAGCGAGCCAAGGAGGGGCCCGGCCUACUGUAGCAGGCUCAGCGACCAAGGGUUCCAGCCUUCCGUAACAUGUCCAGCGUUAAGAGGGACCCGGCCUACUGUAGCAGGCUCAGCACCAUAAGGGAUCCAGCCGACCUAUUUUAACAGACCCAGUGCCAGGAGGGCCCCAGCCUACUGGAACAGGCCCAGUGCCAGGAGGGCUUCGGCCCACUGGAACAGUCCCAGUUCCAGGAGGGUCCAGGCCAACUGGGACAGGCCCAGAAUUAGGAGGGCCCCACCUUCUGUAACAAGCCUAGUUAGGAGGGCCCUGGCCUCCUGGAACAGGCCCAGAGAUAGGAGGGGUCCCACGUGCUAUAACAGGCCCAGUGCCAGGCGGGCCCCAGCCUAUGAAACAGGCUCAGAAUUAGGAGGGCCCCAGCCUGCUGGAACAGGCCCAUUGCCAGGAGGGCCCUGGCCUACUGAAACAGGCCCAGAGUUAGGAGGGCCCUGGCCUACUCUAACAGACACCAAUGCCAGAAGGACCCCAGCCUACUUCAGCAGGCCCAAUGUCAGGAGAGGCCCGGCCUACUGCAACAGACCGAGUGGCAGGAGGCGCCCUUCCUCCUGGAACAGGCCCAGUACCAGGAGGAUCUGGUUCCUGGAUCAAACCAGUGCCAGCGGGGGCCUAGUGUAGUUUAACAAGCCCAGAGUUAGUGGACUUGCCCUUCUGGAACAGCCCGGUGCCAAGAGGGUCCCGCACUACUGGAACAGGCCCAGUGUUAGGAAUGUUGGCCCAGCAGAAGAGGCCCAAGGAGAGACGUGGCCAAUUCUACAGGCCUGGUGGCAGGAGGGCCCUGCGUUACUGAAACUGGCCCACCUGGCACCUGGUUGUGCCCAACCUAAUGUAACAGGAGCCUGCCUGGGAGGACUAUGAUCACCACAGACAGCAGGAGGCAAAUUUGACCCGACCUCCCAUCUCCCUGACGACCUGGAUUUGGCCGGUCAUAUUGCUCUCAAAGCUUGACCGCCUCCUCCCUUGAGUUUUGAGGGGCUUGGGCCUUGAGGUCCGUUUCAUGCAAAACUAUAAUACGCUAGGACGGUUGGGACUCCCAUUAAGCUCAGGUUCCCGUCCACCCACCCCUGCAGAUAGAGGAGCAAAGGGGGUCAGGGUACAGAGGGAUUAACUCCCCCCGGCCCUCGGGGAAUCUUGGCAUUGGCCAAAUUCUCCUUGUUGGCCGCGGGUGUGAGGCUCUUUGUGGCGGAAUAGCCUGCUGUUGCUUCACAUCGACUGAUGUGUGCAGGGUGGCUAUGGAGGUGCAAUGUUUCCGUGGCUGAUCCCAGUCCACGGGAGAGAGCUGAGGCUGUUCCAUUCCUGACUGUUCACCUCAUUGCCCCUUCUGCUGUUAAAGGCCUGUGCCUCUGUAUAAUUUACUUAUCUCUCAUGUUGUGACUGAAUAAACUGGUUAA